AUGAGGAGGCUGCUGGCACCACUGAUGGUGACUCUGGCCCUGGCAGCUCUCUGCUGUUGUGAGCAAGAUCCCAAAGACACUUCAGGGUCUUCCAGCACUGACAGCAUCAAGAUUAAAAAAGAGGUUGCCAAUGCCUUUGUGAAGAGACAGAAAAGGUUCAGCGUAUAUGAAAGGUACCUCGAGUAUUACAAAAGUCCAAUGGAGCAGAUGCAUGAGCGUUGUGAAAAUUACCCUCCCUGUGACUACCUCUCUGACCAAAUAGGAUUUUCUAUGGCCUACAACCGUUUUUUUGGGAGAUACUGA